GCGCCUGGGCUGCUCCGCGCUCCAGGCGAGUCUGGGCAGAGCACAGCUCCGCGGUCUCCUAGCGACCCGAGGGCGGGGAACACGCACCACCGGGGACCGGGUGGGCAGCCGGGGCACCAUGGCUGACUGUGGGCGGCUAUUCCCGCCCGCGCCGCGGGCCCGGGUGCCGGUGGCGGUGGACUGCAGGCCCUGGUACAAAGAGAAUCUUCCUUCUAAGAGCUUCAUGAAGCACAAGAGCGGGCUGACGUGUCCCACCUCCCUGAACAGCCGGCGGUGGAGGUUUGUGAGAACGGGGCUGGAUGACUUCAGGAAAGGCUGCCCGCCUUGCGAAGAUCCGAUCACCCGGGGCCUGGCGGAGGGCUUUCUCCCCAAGAUUUACCACAGAGCUCCACGACCUACCCCAAAGAGGAGGCACAACAUGCUGCCCAGGGAUGCAGCCCUGUGUUCCAAGCUCUCGCCAGCCCAGCAGGCACGGAAGGCAUUCCUGGUGGACGUGGAGGCCCAGCUGACCCCACACCCCUUGGCUCUCUACCCAGAUCUGGAAGAAGACAUGCCUGCAGAGCUCCUAUUAAAGGUGCUGGACGUGCUGGAUCCUGAACAGAAGCUGGAGGACACAUGGGCUUAUUGUCAAGGCAUCACGAAAAGAGUGAAGGAACCUACAAAACUUUUUAAAAAACGUUCUACCCUGGAACUUCCCAAGAAGACUCCUAUGUCACAUUCAGGCCAAUGGCUUUAUGAAGAAAAGAAGCCAAGUGAAACAGAUUUGCUCCACAAAGAUGGUCCGCUUCUCCACGAAAAUGUGCGUAAAGGAGUUAGUGAUUUCUGCAACUGGGCUACUACUUUUGGAAGCCCAAACAUUGAUGAAGAGUUCAUCCUGAAACAGUUCGACAUUGACUAUCAGAGCAAACCAAGCUAUAAUGUGCUCCACACCAUGAGACCAAACCAGGUUCCUGUGGAGCUAAAGAAAGGGAUUGGGCUAAAUAAACUGCAGAAGCCACAGUUUUUCCAGAAACUAGACUAUGAGCAGAGACUUCAGAAACCACAGAAUCCUUAUAAACCGAAAUGGGUGAAGAUGAGGUAUGGAGCAUGGUAUCUGAACACCAAGUUGUGGAAAAAGCUAAGAGCCUAUGAGCCUUUGGUCGACCCCAAGGUCUUACGUCAAGCUCAGGAUGGGAAUUUCAAAAAGAAGCUACAGGAACAGGAGUUACUUGCAGACCUUCAUGGAACAGGUGCCUUUAAGGAUUUCAUUCUGAGCAGGGGCUACAGGAUGCCGACUUUCCUUGAGAAGCUGUAAAUCAGGAAGGAAUGUAGAUGUGAAUGUAGUAAGACUCCCAUAAAAUAAUUCAAGCAUAGAAGAAUCUUGGGAAGAUGAUUACACAGAUUUCACUUACUAUGUACUUGGCUAUUUCUCUCAUUAAACAUUAAACACAAUUUAUGAUGAAUUUCCCACCACAGAUGUACAACUCUGACUUGGCAACAUCCAUAAAAUUUAAAACUAAUACUUACAAACAUUUCAGAAUGGUCUUCUGCUCAGUUAAUCAAUAUUUUAUAUGUUUUAUCAACUCUGAGAUCAAUAUUCAUAUUUGGUAGUCUAACAUGU